CAUGUGCGGCUCCUGCCUUCCAGAAGUAAACUGUCUCUCUAGCUAUCCUCCAGAUAUUCUUUAUUGGGGCUGUUCAGUUGGUUUGUGCGCUUAUUCAGAAGGGAAAUGCGUUGUUUUUGGUAAUUUUUUUUUCGUCCUGCGGCUGAUGGGUGAUGCCACAGCUCCUGCGCCCACGCUGACCAGGCAGUUCCUCCAUCAGGUUCUGGGAUCUGUUCUGCUGUCAUCAUCAUAAUCCAAUUUUUUUUUCCCCCUGCUGUGGGAUUAUCGUGGCUAUGAGGCAGGCCAGCCUGUGACCAUCCACCGCUCUCCGCAGGCCUUUACUUUCAUUUUUAUUUACUUUGGAUUUGGGGGGAUAACGAAGAGGCAAAAUGCUGAACCAGAGCGCGGUCAUGAUCUUCACUGGGAUCUGUGGGGCCAUGGUGUUCAUGGCCAUGGCCUACUAUGUCUACUGGUCGGUGGUGUUGGCUGAAGGGCCGUGUAAACGCGGCUUGUAAAGGAACUCCACCGUGGUUGGUCGUGGUGUAUAGAGAGGAGCCCACUCAGCCCCUCCAGGCCCCUCAGCCAUGGGUCUCCUGACCUACCUGAAGAGCCUGUUCAUCCUGCAGCUGCUGAUGGGCUUUGUGUUUGUGGUGAGCGGCCUCAUCAUAAACUUCAUCCAGCUGUGCACCUGCGUCCUCUGGCCGAUCAACAGGCAGCUCUACCGCAGAAUCAACUGCCGGCUCUCCUACUCUCUGUGGAGUCAGCUGGUGAUGAUGCUGGAGUGGUGGUCGGGCACAGAAUGCACCCUAUACACCGACCAGGCUACGGUGGACAAGUUCGGCAAGGAGCACGUCAUCAUCAUCCUCAACCACAACUUUGAAAUCGACUUCCUCUGUGGCUGGACCAUAUGUGAAAGAUAUGGGGUCUUAGGGAGUUCAAAAGUGCUGGCCAAGCAUGAGCUGCUGAAGGUCCCUCUGAUCGGUUGGACCUGGUACUUUCUAGAAAUAGUUUUUUGCAAAAGAAGGUGGGAGGAGGACCGAGACACCGUCUUUGCAGGCCUGGACAGGCUCAAGGACUAUCCUGAAUAUAUGUGGUUUCUGCUGUACUGUGAAGGGACGCGCUUUACGGAGAAGAAGCACCAAAUCAGCAUGCAGGUAGCAGAGAGUAAAGGUCUGCCCAAGCUCAAGUAUCACCUUUUACCCCGAACCAAAGGAUUCACCACCACGAUGCAGUGUCUUAAAGGCACAGUCACUGCUGUGUAUGAUGUGACUUUAAACUUCAAGGACAAGCAGACUCCCACUCUGCUGAGCAUCGUCAACGGCAAGAAAUACAAAGCUGACCUGCGCGUUAAGCGGUUUCCUGUGGAGGAAAUACCGGACGAUGAGCAGGAGUGUGCCAACUGGCUGCACAAGCUGUACCAGGAGAAGGACGCCUUACAGGAGCAGUACAACAAGGAAGGAAAGUUCCCCGGACCUACAAUUAUCCCACCGCGCCGCCCGUGGACGCUGCUUAACUUCCUGUUCUGGGCCACCCUCCUGUUGUCGCCCCUCAUCAAUUUUGCGUGCGGCGUGGUCGUCAGCGGCUCCCCGCUCCUCAUCAUUGGUUUCAUCACCUUCCUCAUCAUCGCCUCUGUAGCUAUUCGACGUCUCAUCGGAGUCACAGAGGUGAAGAAAACAGGGUCCAGUUACGGAAACCAGGAGGCCAAGAAACAAAACUAAACUGUGUUAACCCCCUCCCGUGUUGGGCCGUGUUCGUACGGCCGCCCCCCCCCGCGGUGUCUCCCUCCCUGCCCAGCUCCGUCCUCCUCCUACCAUCGACUGCGUCGGCCGGCCGGGGAGGAGGCCCACCUGUGAAAACAUAACUAACACCAGGGUCAAAAAAAAAUCCUGCCGGCGCUAGAGUGGGAGAGAAUAACAGAAGGUGUGGGAAUGAGGCUCUCUGGUGCAUCACAGAUUAUUGGGGGGGGGGGGGGGGUCCAUUUUCCGAGGUCAUUUUCUAAACUACAAAAGCCCCGUUCACUUCCUGUCAGCCGUCAGCCAGUUUGGGAAUUAUUUUUGAGCUUGCGUAAAGCGGUCUAAUCCAUAUUGAUUGUCUUUAUCUACACCGCCAUCUAGCGCCAUCUUUUUUUUUUUUUUUCUUAAGAAGAUCUUGUGAUAGAAAUCGGUGCCUUUAGGCCCAGCCUGGCUUUCCUUUUUAUCAGGUCGCUUCACAAAAAUCACUCAAAACCUGCCAAAAAGCUGGAAUAAAUUUUGUGAAAUGAACAUUAGAGGUGCACCGAUGAGGAUUCUGUGGCGAAUAUCCAGUCUCAACUUAAUGUGAAGCUUCAAACCUGCAUGCUGCAGAUUUCAUAAUUACAGAUUCCCGUUAAGAAUGUUGUUUUUCCUUCCUGCUUUGAGCCAUUGUUUUACUAGAAGAGGCACCGCUAGAGCGAAAUCGCUGUAAAAAAUUUAGUUUACUAAUAUUGAAAAGCAGAAACAAAAUGAAUAAAAUGGGAUGAAUGAAUGCCCAAAAGGGUCAAACUUUCUAUUCUGCUGCCCCACAGCGACACUGAUUAUGAGGUUUUUUUUUUGGUUUCAGACUUGCUGAAAAUCAGCUGAUUGGAGCCACCAGACGAUUUUUCUCGGUGCAUCUCUAAGAGAAAAUCUAAAACUAGCUUGAAAAUCGUCUCCAGAGGGACGCUUAAUGGCUGUCGGAGAGUCUUUUUAUUAUUAUUAUUAUUAUUACAUAUUUAAAUGGAAAGAAAUAAUGCAUUUGAUUUGAAAUUCCUAACAAAAUUCUCUAAAUACAGACGUAUCAGCGCGCCUUUAGUCUUGGUUUCGGCUGACCUGCGUCACACGUUGGAUCGGACAGGCUGGUGUCCGUCAAACUACACCAAGGGCUCUGAAUGCGCAAACUUUAAAACGCACGUCGCUUCAUUUCGCCGGUCGGAUUUCACUUCCGCAUUUAGGAGCUCGCAUUUUUCUCAUCAGCGUGCAUCCGGACGUUCUCCGACCUCCUAAAUGUGCUCCUUCAACACAGAUUCAGGGGGCAAAGCUCACCGACUGUCCACGUGUAGCCACACAGCUGUUAGCGUAGACUGCAAUAGGAGUAUUUUUAACCUUUGCCUUAAAUCAAGCUUGCUCAGGCAAGGGAUUGCUUAUUUUACCUCCCUUUUGAAAUGCAUAAUGCCACUUUGGUCCCGUUUGAAAUACUCACCCUUGAUUCCUGUCAGUACACUAAUGCAUGGUGGAGUAGGAACAGUUGAUUACUACAAUUACUGAAGAAUUUGAAAUUAACUCAGUCGUUUAAUAGGAACAUGUUAAUUGAAGGUUUAUUUUGUAAAGCUUUGUUUGAUCAAAUCACUUUAAAUCUUCAGAGUGGACAUAAAAGGAAUUUAUUAGUUUGUUUUAGGAAGAAAAAUGAUCUAUGAGACAAGAGAAAACGCUUUAUUUCAUUCAAUAGCGUAAAGGAAUUUGAUUUUUUUUUUUUUUUUUUGCAUCAAACGGUCUUUUUUUGUUUUUUCUAUAGGAGGAUCUUUUGUUAUCCAUAUUAAAUCAUUUCAGAUGAAUUCGAGGAAUUUAUUUUUGUUGUCUUAAAAAAAAAACUUAAACAAAAACAACUUUGAAUACAUUAUAGGAAGGUUUUGAUUUCUUGAAUUUAAAACGCAGGCAGGUUUCCACACUGCCGGUCCUCCUGGGUGGCACAUGAGAGAACCUGGGGUCACGUUUUGGAAGCAAAACAUGGAUGAAUGAGACUUUCUGGGAUCAUUACUCCACAGCAGGAAAAUGUCCAGCUCCUCUUUCUGUAGUCGUCUCUAACCAGACAGAUUUCAUGCAAGCCUUAAUUAGUAUCUAGGGCCAAAAGUGCCACAAUUUGGUGAAUACCAGUAAAUAGAUCCUGAAUAAGCAUUUAUAUUGGUGACAAUUUAAAUUGGAAAUAAUGAAUAUCUACGUGUAUUUAUAUCAAAAAUUUAUAUAAUGGAUUAUUCAAUGAAAAAAAGCAUUAAAUGUAGUUUGAUUUAAAAAUUUUAUUAAAGGUUUUAGAUUCAUUAUUUUGCUAUUUGUUUAGUAUGAAGUAAUUAAUAGAAAAUAUUAGGGUUGAAACAAUUCGAACAAUGCAAUAUAUAAAAUAUUUAAACAUUCAUGUAGUUGUUGAGGUAUUUAAUUUAUGUACUUCAUUUUUUUAUCUAAAUUGUCACCUUUAUUGAUGUUUGUUUAGCGAUUCAAUUGGAUUGAGGCACUUUUGGCCAUGAAAUUAGUGCUGCUUGGUUAUUAUUUCUAUUAUUUUUAAAGGUGUAGACCUUAACCCAUGUGGCAGAGAUUGAAUUGAAGAAUUUAGGACCCAAUUUUAGCUGGUAAAUGUGCAGCUUGCUGGGAUUAAGUACAGUUUUCUUUUUCUACUCAUACGUGUUCUCUGAACCAGAACCAGCAUUGACACCAGUUUAUAUCCCAACAAUUUCUGCCAUUCACAGGAAAAUCACAUUGCAAAGCAGAAAAGACAAGAUGCUUUAUUUACAUAUAAAUAAACAUGUUUUUUUUCUGUAUUUGAUUUAUUUUUUUAUUACACUGAAAUGAUUCUUUAAAUAAAGGCCAACUAUUAGCGCUUUAUUUUGGAAAAAUCAUCAAUUUAUUUCCUUUAGUUGCACUUCUUGCAUCAGCUAUUAGUUGUUUUUUUUUCUACAGCUAUAAUUUUUAUGUUUUUCUUCCACAUAAACAUUUGAGAAUAUUAAAGGAUUUAAUCUUGAAGCAACUUCUACUCCUUGGAUUUGUGUGUCUUGAGUUUCUCUGUGCAUGAACACGCAGCCUGCAGGUGAAAGGUGUGCAGCAGCAGCAGCCUGCUUUUUCCACCCAUGAUCAGAGUCACGCUCACAUUCAUUCACCUUUUUGUUUUUCACCACACAUCCACAGUUUUCACCUGCCAUUCGACACAUUAGGUGACAGCGGUGGGACUUAGUGUAAACUACAGACGUGUGUGUAUAUAAACUAAAUGCUGAAUGUCCAACACUUUUAGAAACUAGAGCUGUGCGUAGCUGCUUUUUAGACUUUUUGAAUGACCUGUUUUGUCGGUGUUCCGCCUACAACCGCAGGGUUUCUUGUACAUAAUGUAAAUAAGGAUGAUGCUCUGUUUAGAAAUGCCCUAGAUGCUCUUCUUGUUUUUCCACAGUGUGCUCUCUGAAUGACUGCACUGUUAUUUCAGGCUACAACCAAAUCUCUACCCCUGGGGGGGCAACAGAAGAAAGAUCAAAGUGGAGCUGUAAAUACCUGCAGCUGCGACGCCUCUUUCAUUUGAAACCACAACAGGGAGCUGGGGUUAAAUUAUGCUCUCAAAGCUCUUUCUGGACCUCGCGAUUAAACAUUUCUUAAUGCACUCCCCUUUUUUUUUUUUUUUUUUUUUUAUAAUUGCAUGAUGUGCAUUUUUUUUGCACAGUCGGUGAAUUGAGUUCAAUCUGACUCAGGGAUUCUUUUACAGACUGGUGAUGCAACUGCUGUGGCAUUAACUCUGACUCUGAAUAAAGAGGCUUUCUGGGGAACGUA